AUGAAUUAUGACCACCUGCCCAGUACUUGCUUUGCCAAAUUUCAGCAAAUGCAAUGUGAUGCUUCAAGUGAAGGGAUUGGGGUUGUCCUUAUGCAGGAAAAACAUCCGAUUGCAUUUGAGAGCAAGAAGUUGAGAGGUCCUGAGAGGAGCUACAACAUAUAUGAUAAGGAAACGUUGGCCAUCAUACACGCUUUGGCCAAAUUCAAGCAGUAUUUGGUAGGCAGCAAAUUUAUUGUAAAAAUAGACCAUAACAACUUGAGACAUUUCUUUGAGCAGCAGGAUCUUAAUGAUAGGCAGCAAAAAUGGGUAAGCAAGCUGCAAUCAUAUGACUUUGACAUUUCCUUUGUCAAAGGUACACAAAAUGUAGUUGUUGAUGCACUAUCUCGUCGUCCACAUUUGAGCUCCAUGGCAGAGGUUUCAAAGGAUUGGAGGCAUCUAAUUGUGGCAAAAUAUGCCAAGGACUCUUGGGCUUCAGGUUUAAUUGAGGAGUCAAUUCAUGAUGAUAGGUACUCCAUUGUGAAUGAUCUAAUCAUUUACAAGGGAAGGAUAUUUUUAACCCCAGGAUCGAAUGUGAAGAACAUGGUGAUGAGAACCUUUCAUGAUACACCUAUGGCAGGUCAUCCCGGCUACUUCAAGACAUACAAACAGAUACGUGAGAGAUUCACUUGGAAGGGUUUGAAAUCAGAUGUUUCUUCGAUAUGCCAGAGAGUGUCCUGUUUGCCAACAGAAUAA